GGGCAUAUUCCGAGAAAACCACAACUAUAAGUCACGUGACCAAUGUCCAUGUGUCUCUGGAUCCAGAAUAGACCCUAUUCAAGCUGUUUAUAAUGAUACCAAUUUAGCUUACAACAGCCCUGAAAAGUCACAGAGAUUGACCAUUGUAAAGCCAUGUGGAUCUCGUUACGGAAAAGCUGUUUUAGGUGACGACAUUACUGUAGUCUACAACCGAGUACCGAAGUGUGGUAGUCGUAUGUUGAUCCACUGUGUUAGAUCUUUAAAGAACCACAUCCAUGGUCCACUAUCAAUGAUACCACAGAAAUACAAGGAUGAGUUGCCUCUCCUGACACGCUCGGUAGAUGGGGUCAAGUCACGUAAAAGGGCGUUCCUUGAAGGUCACGUCAGAUUCAACAAUUUUCAAGAUGAGAAUGUGUACUUCUUCAACAUGGUGCGAGAUCCGUUGGAUCGUUUAGUCUCCAGCUUUUACUUCAACAGACAUGGAGAUGGAUUGCUUAGUCCUAAACAACUCGAAGAACUCAGGAAAAACACACAUCCAGAAGUCAUUGAUGAGACCUUUGAUGAAUGCGUUCACCACGAGAGGUUGUCAUGUACGGGGCCUAAGAUGCUCGGUUACAUGAUGGGAUUCUUCUGUGGUUAUCAUCCAAUGUGCAGGAAACCUACUCAAUGGACAUUGGAAGAGGCAAAACGGAACCUCGAUUACUACACGGUGGUGGGCAUCGUGGAACAGUAUAACUCAUCAAUGAGAGCGUUGGAGUUUCUUUUCCCAUCGAUGUUUUCUGGUUUGGUGAAGAAAUACUACUCACAUCAGGGAACGGAUUACCAGGCAAAGAGUCACGCUUACCGGUAUGUACCUCCCUCCCCUGAGGUCAGGAAGCUGAUGAAGGAAAAGAUGAGACUGGAAUAUGAGUUCUACGAGUACGCUAAAUUAAGAUUUGAUAUGCUCCUUGACGAGUUACAUCUAAAAGACAGUGAUGUUAGAUGACAAUAGUUUUCGUGUAAACUGACUCAAUUGGUGGAAUAUUAGAUGAAUUUGUUGACAGAAGUGCAAUAAACUUAAAUCGCGGCAUUGCAUAGAUUUUUUUCCUUAAAGUUCUUAGCUCUUGUUACACAAAACAAGGUUUUGUUUAAUCGGGUGCAUGCCCUUGAAGAUUGCUAGAUCCGAAAUGUGGUAGUGCCAAUUCUAUCGGAGAAAAUAUAUGAUCUAAAAGAAGAACUGGCGUAAUAGAGGAUCUUGUUAUCAUUCAGUAAAAGACUUGGUAUAUGAGAUCAACAUGACCAAUGACAAUAUUUACCAUUUACAUAUCAUCCCUUUAUUCAUUUUUCGGCACUUUAAAACACUUAACUUACAAAUUAUAUAUCAUUCUCGAUAGGACCAAUAUGCAGAGAUUACUAAACACAUGUAAUUUUAUAACAUUUCACUCUGUGCGUAGUACUGCCCAGUGCAUAUAGUACCGGCCAGUGAAGAAUAGAACAAACCUUUACAAUGUAACGGUAAUGCCCAGCCCCAACCAAUGCACUGGGAAGACCGGUAAAAAAUAAUCAUAUACCGGUAGACAAAUUGGAUGAUGUUGAAAUGAUACAGAUAAAUAACGUAAAAUAAACCCCCUUCAUAUGGAAACGAAAAUCUCAUUAAUAUUUUAGAAAAACAAAAUCUAAAACUAAAUUUAAUAUGAAAUAUAAAAUCAUUAAAUGGUAAUAGUGUUCACACCUUAAGAGCAUUGAAUUAAUAAUAGGAGUUGAAUUGCAAUUGAAAUCAUAGAAUCAUAAUAUAUUUGUUCUGAUAUUUAAUAUCUUAACUAAAUUGGAUUAUUUAACUGGGUACAUGGUUGGAUAUACUAUGAGAGUAAAUAACGAUAGCAACGUAUACGAUUACGUAAAUGCAUAUCAUGAUGAUAGCAAUAAGCAAAUAUGACACCUCUAUAUUAAAAUCGAAUGCUCAAAUAAUUAUGACAAUAGUUAACUAAAAGGUAAAUGCUGCUACAUGAGGCAUGACUAUAAGAUCUAUAUGGUUCACAUGAUUGUUUACACGAUAUCUUGAAUGCAAAUUGACAGCUUUAAGAUAAUUAUAUAGAUGAUGAAUAUGGAGUUGAACUACUAAAGAAAACAUAUAUAAUGUCAUUUCUAUAUAGUAAGAUGCACGUAUAAUACUUUUAAUAAUUUGACAGAUGCAUUUGACACCUAGAAAUAACAAGCAGGUGUCCGAGACAACAAGAUUUGUGUGUGAUACCAAUAACCCCAUCAAUUUAGAAAACCGAAUGCGAGACCAAAGAUCCCACAUUUCAACGAAUGAAAAUUGAAUUGCGUUUAAUUUCACGAGUUUGUGUUUGAUGAGAACUCUUUCCGCAGCGGGCAUUUGGAUCACUUGUUGCCCACCUGUCUGUCCUGCCAUGUCCAGUAUCUCUUACAAUAAAAGCUCAGAUUUAUAUCUAUUUAUUUCAUAGUUAAAACUCAUUACAGUGAUACUGCCUAACAAAUGAAGUCAAAAUAUUUUCUGAAAAUGAUGUGAUGCUUCUGGUGAAGUCGGAAUAUGUUAUGACUUACAAUAUCAAACUAUACAUCUGAACUUGUUUAAUAGUUUCUUAUAUUUUGAUUAAUCAAUUUAUAAAAAAAUAAAAUCUUGAUUAAAAAUUGA